GUACCUAAUUGUCUUGAAUUUGAAUUUUUAUUUACAACAUUUUAAUAAUUUACUUGUGUUUUGAUGUUUUUCGGUAAAAAAUGUUAAUAAAUAAAUAAUAAAGUGAAAUUUGCAAAUUACGGUGAAAUACUACGGUACGGUACUGAAUUUAUUUGAUUUGGCUAAACAUGGUUGAUGUUUUUCUAAAUAAAUAUUUGCAAACUCAAUUAGCCCUUGCAAAACAAAAACAAGAAGUGAAACAAACCACCGAAAACUCCGUUUCUCAGAAAAGUAAGAAGCUAGCUAAUCGUAUUUCAAAAAUCCAAGACAAGAGUUAUCAGUUAAGGUCGGAAAAUUACAGCAGUUAUGAUUGCAAAACCUGGCCAGGCUCAUCGCGAAAUGAAGAUGAAGAAUACUUUCCAUCUUGGGAAGAAGAUGAAGAUGUUAACUGUCCAACUUCAGACCCAUCAUCCUGCUGCAAACAAAAAAACUUGAAACAAGAUAAACAUGAUAAUGAAGACUUUGUGCCAUUUUCAGAUAAUGAUGAAGUUUUGGAUUGUAACCCGUUACCCUCAACAUCUGCAUCAGACACCAAACGCAUUAAAAAAAACAGAACGAAAGUUAAAAAUGAAGAAGAUGAUGAAUAUUUACCAUCUUCAGAUGAAGAUACAGAUAUUCAUUACACAACCUUAACCUCAUCAUCACAGACCAAACAAAAAAAUAUAAAAAAAAUUCUAGAUGAUGGUGACACAAAACUGUAUAAUGAAAGAGUGGAACAGUGGAGGUGUAGCUUAAAAACAGCGUCUUCUGGCAACUAUGAUGGGCUUUAUAGAUCAGCUGAUAUACAAUAUGUCCUUGCUGGUAACAAAGACCCUGAGACAACUCAUGAAUUACAAAAUGGGCUGUCUGUACCAAAUUAUAUAUGGAAGCAGUUGUAUAAAUAUCAACGGACAGGUGUAAAGUGGCUUUGGGAGCUGCAUCAAGUGCAAUCUGGUGGGUUGCUGGGUGAUGAAAUGGGUUUAGGUAAAACAGUUCAGAUCAUAGCAUUUCUAGCUGGUUUAUGCAACACAGAUAUGGGUGCUUGGGGUGGUCUUGGGCCCUCAAUCAUACUUGCUCCAGCAACCGUCAUUUACCAGUGGGUAUCACACUGCCAUUUCUGGUACCCACAGCUCAGAGUGGCUGUGCUGCAUCACUCUGGGUCUCAUGGUGGUAAUCAUAAUAAACUUAUACGAGAUGUGCAUUCAGCUCAUGGCAUUCUAUUGAUCACAUAUGCUGGCAUUGUGAAAUAUAUGAACGACUUGUUAUCUAGAAACUGGCAUUACAUAAUUUUAGAUGAAGGUCAUAAAAUUAGGAAUCCUGAUACACAAGUCAGCAAGUUAGUAAAAAAAUUUGAGACCCCUCACAGGAUUAUAAUAACUGGGUCACCUAUGCAAAAUAGCUUGCAAGAACUGUGGUCUCUGUUUGAUUUCAUGAGGCCUCGUCUGCUCGGCACAUAUGCUGCUUUUAUGGAACAUUUUGCUGUUCCAAUUACUCAAGGAGGAUACGCAAAUGCUACUGAAUACCAAGAAGCAAUAGCUCUAGAAAUUGCUAAGGCGCUCAAAGAUAUGAUUACACCUUACAUGUUGAGGAGAACAAAAGCUGAAGUCCAGGAACAUAUUAAAUUACCUGAAAAAAAUGAGCAGGUUUUAUUUUGUGCUCUAUCUAAAGAACAAAGAGACUUGUAUAUGGGAUAUCUAAUGAGCAGCACUGUCCGAAGUAUUAUAGAUAGAGAUUCAAAAUUUGGGGAUCCAUUUAGAGCUAGAGUUCUAGUUGCUUUAUCUACUCUCAGAAAAAUAUGUAAUCAUCCUGAUUUAUAUUUGUAUGAAGCACAAGAAGAUAAUGAAGACAUAGAUGGGGAAAGCUUUGGCCUGUGGAAAAGAUCUGGAAAAAUGUCUGUGGUUCAUUCAUUAUUGAAAAUUUGGCUCAAGCAGGGUCACAGGACUCUUCUUUUUUCACAAUCUCGAGCAAUGCUCUGUUUACUGGAGCAACAUUUACAGAAACAUGAAUUUAAGUAUUUAAAAAUGGAUGGUAGUGUAACAGUAAGUCAGAGACAGAGUUUAAUUAAAACUUUCAAUGAAAAUCCUGAAUAUCUGGUUUUCCUUGCUACUACACGAGUUGGGGGUCUGGGAGUAAAUUUAACAGGAGCUGACAGAGUUAUUAUAUAUGAUCCUGAUUGGAAUCCAGCAACUGAUAAUCAAGCCAAAGAAAGGGCCUGGAGAAUUGGUCAAAGCAGAAAUGUUACAGUUUAUAGGUUACUCUCUGCAGGAACAAUUGAAGAAAAAAUAUAUCAAAGACAAAUUUUCAAGAAUUUCUUAAGCAAUAAAAUAUUAAUAGAUCCAAAUCAAAAAAAUGUAUUAACAACUAGCACACUUCAGGGCUUGUUCACUCUUGAAGAUUUAAAUACUGAUGGUGAUACAGAGACAGCUUCUCUCUUCAAACAUACUAAAGUAGAUCUGAAUGACAAAACUAAGACUAGCAAAAAUAAGAUUACGAAAUCUGUAUCAUACUCAAAAAGAAAAGUAGAAGAAAUGAAGAAAAAAGCAAAAGAAAUCAGUAAAAAAAUUAAAAUGGAGUUCCAAACAAUGACAACAGAGGAUCCUCGAGAAAAAUAUAAGAAGAAAAGAGAGCUGCUACUGAAUCCACCUAAAGUUGAAGAACCAGAAAUAAAUUUACUUAAUGAUAAAGUGACAGAUAUUCCAUUUCAAAAUGUGCUUUCUGAAUUAGACAUCAUUAAUAAGCAUACAAAAGUAGAUUAUGAAGAAAAUUUACUUAAAGAUGUAUUAAGUAGUCAAGAGAAAGUUGAAGAAACAAAUAAAAUGCAAGAUACAGAAACAGAAAUAGCUCCUACAACACAAAAUGAUAAUGUUGAGACAAUACAGCCUUCUUCUUCAAUAUCGCAUGGAAGUCUUUCAGUUACAAAACCACGGAAAAGAAAGAACUCGACAUCACUUUCAAAAUUAGAAAAUGUGGUUUCUAUUAAAAAAGUAAAAAUUAAAAAGGACAAAAAGAGUAAGGAAAUGAUUCUUAAUGAUGAUGAUUAUGUUUUAAGCAAGUUGUUCGCUAAAUCAACAGUUAAAAAUGCUUUACAUCAUGAUGUAGUUGUAGGAUUAGCUGAGAAGGAGAAAAAACUCAAAAUUAAAGAAGAUGCUGUCAGAACUGCUAAAAAAGCUGUUAAAGCAAUAAAAUUUUCUUCAUAAUAAAUCUAUGAAAUAAAUAAUCUAUGCUAAGA